AUGGAAUUUGCGGAUGAGAUCGGGGUCCAAGAUCUGACAGCGGGGGACCCAGGCCCUCUCUUCCGGGCCAUAACCCUCCCAGUCCACGAGUGUCAGUGGGUUGGACUGGUUCACCUCAGCUCAAACAUUCAGCAGCAGGUUUUUGUACGACCAUUUUUCACUGUGGAAGGCAGAGGGUUAUACUUCAUCUUUGGUUCUGGAACUAAACUGUAUGUAACAGGUGAGCAGGUAGUGAAGCCCGUGGUGAGCGUGUACCCAGCAGCAUCCAGAGUCCACCUGGAGGGGAGCAGCUCCCUGCUGUGUCUGGCCUCAGCCAUGUUUCCUCCUCUGGUCCGCUUCUCCUGGAAAAGACAGAAGGAGGACGGCCAGCUGGAGGAUCUGGACCCUGCUGAGGGAGAGCAGCUGGAGAUCAGAGAGCCGGGACGCAGCGCCUCCAUCUUGCUGAUCCAUCAGCAACAGGACAGCACAUAUAAAUACAGCUGCUACGUCCAGCACGAGGGGGGACCAGUGGAGGCCCAGACACAACAAGAGCUUCCAGCUCCAGCAGCCUCCUGUCCUCCAGAGAGAGAGCCAGCAGACCUGCCAGCUCUGCAGCAAGCUCACUCCUCCUUCCAGGUGAAUCUGCUCUGUCUGCUGUCCACAGUGCUGAUAGUGAAGAGUCUGGUGUUCUGCUGUGGACUCUCUCUGCUGAUGAUCCUCACAAACAAGGGACCGUCCACCAACUGCUCACAUGCUGACUGACUGUUUGCUGCUGGCCUUUUCUCACCGUCACAUCUCAUCUGUACAUCUCCUUGCUCUCUCUCGUGGCUCACCACAAAUGUCAGCUGUGACGUCUUGUUCUGGCUGUAAAAUUCGUCUCUUUCUGCACGCGUUGGAUGGUCCUCCUACAAGUGGAAAGCCACAUCUUCACACAUAGAUCUGCAGCUUUGGACUGUCAGUUCUGCAGGACACUGUUGUUUUCAUCUCCUGCUCUUGUGUUUCUUUAUCAGAUAUCAUGUAGAGUGCAGCAGCUUCAUCAAUAAACACAAUCCAC